AUGGGCGCGUCUUCUUCGAAAUCAUCUCGGAGCCCAGACCUCUCUGUGAGUGCAUGUACGCCCAUCUCGUCCGGCUGGCAAGGGGAUGGCGGGAAGAGUGAGAGGGACGAAUGGCUGACGGCUAAGCUUCAUUCGAAUCAAUGCGCGCGCGGCCAGGCAUCCACAGCGUCCUUGAACGCCUUGGACGAAAAGGUGGCCUCAUCCAAACCAGGUUCAGUUGCUCUGCCAGCUUCUCCCUCUCCCAUCUCUGCAGCGCGUCAACAACACCUAGACGCCUCUAUCCAACACAAGAUUUCAUCCGAACUAGCCGCGUUGAAAAAGAGCGAAGCUAGCGUCAGAUCAGAGAUCGAGGCUGCUUUAGAGAGGGAAUCCGGAACGCAAGAAAAGAGGGACGCGAGGACGAAGGAUAGCAUCACUUUGAAACAGGAGUUGGAAGAAAUUAGAACAAAGAUCGAUAGACAUAGGAUCAGGAGGGAAAAGGUGGAUCAGGACAAGAGCGUGCAACAAGCUAGAAAUAAGGUGCUGCAGUGCCUCAAGUGAGUUGGUCAACUUCGAGAGAUGUGAUCUGCGCUAGCGAUGCAAAGGUGCCAAGGCAAAGUCUACUCUACGAGCUAUCGCGCUGCUGCUCUACUGACGGGCUCGAGCUUGGCAUUCAUCUACAGAGAACAUCAGUCGACAUCAUUGGAAUGCGCUGACGAAGCAUCUGCGUUCAAGCGAGCGGUGGCCAAAGCAGAAAAGGUGAGCUAUCAGGAGCGCUUUUCACGAGCAGCGCUUCCAGAGAAGCCAGAAGGAGAGCCUCGGCGGGACUGUUGGGUCAGGGGCAGCUUUUUGGUCGAUCCUGAUGACAAAGGCACUGCCCGCUGCAGCGGCUCCACCCAGAAAGCGCAUCGCUAACCCCUACUCAUCUUCGUCCCUUCUUUGUCUUCCAUCUAUCUCGCAGGAGUUCAUCGCAUCCCUAUCAGCCUAG